UAAUUCGAGAUGUAACAUUGUAUAAUUUAUUGUUGCAUUUUGUGAUUUGUGAAUUGAAAAUAUAAUAAUGAUUCAUUUUAAAGAAAAUAAGAAUAAAUCAGCCUUAAGUACAAGAUGGGCGCAAAUGUCCAAACAAGAACAAAUAAUCGAAAAGAAGAAGAUGGAGAUCCAAGCCAAAUUAGAGGCUCAAAAACAAGCUGCAGCCCUAGCGGCUCAAGCGAAAUUAUCUAAACCUGCCACCAAUGAAGAAACUGGUCCAAAUAUAUUUUCCAAUGAUGGUAGUUUUAUGAGUCAAUACAAAGCAUUGUUAGAGAAACAAAAUAAGGAAAAACAAGAAAAGGAAGCAAAGGAGAAGCAAGAAAAUGAGGAGAAAGCAAAAUUAGAGGAAGAAGAAAAGAAAAAACCGGAAAUAAGUAUUAAAAAGGAAGAUGUGGAUCCAGAUCUAAAUGAUAACUUAAAUCAGACUUCAAAUGACCGAAGACAAGACAGAGGAUCAAGGGAGCGACGUCGUUGGAGUGACAGAAACAGGAUGCGAACCCAUAGUCCUAUAACACCAGUCAUAGAAGAUAGAAAGAAGAUGAUAGAUACCAUGAAUAUCCCACCCUUAAUGCAGUUGUCUGUUAGACCUCCUGAUGACCAACCUCCACUAACUGCUUCCCACAAUCCAUGGCAGUCUAAUGAGGGUACACCCUCCAAUGAUGAAUAUGAUCUUGAAAUAAAAUCUCGUGAUAAUACUCAUGAAGAUGAAUGUUCAGAUACAGGACCCAGAGGUAUGAUGGCACCCGGACCUGUGAAUACUGUACCUAUGACACAAGGACCAGGCUCAAUGAGACCUUGUCCAAUUGGUUUUGGGCCAGGUCAUAUGGGCCACGGGCCAAUGGGUCCAGGCCAAAUGGUACCUAAUCCAAUGGGCUCGGGACCAAUAGGUUCCGGUCCUAUGGGUUCAGGUCCCAUGGGAUCAGGUCCCAUGGGUUCUGGCCCUAUGAAUUCAGGUCCUAUGACUUCAAGUUCUAUGGGUACAGGUCCUAUGGGUUCGGGACCGAUAGGUUCAGGUCAUAUGGGUUCAGGUCCCAUGGGUCCAGGCUCAAUGGGUUCAGGUCCCUUGGGUUCAGGCCCUAUGGGGUCGGGACCUAUGAGUUCGGGACACAUGGGUUCUGGGCCCAUGGGUUCAGGUCCUAUGGGUACGGGCCCUAUGGGUUCAGGGCCUAUGGGAUCAGGUCCCAUGGGUUCAGGUCCAAUGGGACCAGGCCCUAUAAGGCCAGGACAGAUGGGAUCAAAUCCUAACAUGCCACCAGGUUCAAAUAUAGGUCCUGGAUCAGGUCCAGGUCCAAAUAUGAGUUCAGGUCCUAUGAUGGGCCCUGGAGGGCCAAACAUGCCGCCAAUGCCCCCCUUUAUGAAUGGCCCUCCUAACUUUUCUAUGCCACCAAACUUUAUGGGCCCCAACGGUCCUUGUGGUCCGGGCCAAAUGCCGCCAAAUAUGUGCGGAGCUAACAUGCGCGGGCCUAGACCAAAUGCUCCAAUGCCACCAUUCUUUCCGCCAUUUAACAAUCCACAAAUGGGUAACAACGCCCCCCCAAAUUCUAUGAAUAAUGUACGUUUCGGUCCUAACGGCCCUAACUUUGGAUCACGACCACCCUUUGGGCCAAAUGGCUCCAACUUCGGCCCCAACAAUGGACCUCUAAAUAUGGGUCAACCUCCGAACAUGCCUUUCAUGCAUCCAAAUUCAUUACCCCCUAAUGUCAUGUCGGACUCGAAACCCUUGGAUAUACCACCGCCUGAUCCUAUGAAGCUCGGAAACAUACCACCUCCUAUGCCCAUGACCCUUAACCACAUUCCUCAACCGAAUGACCUUGAACCAGGAAACAUACCAGCUCCGAACACAUCUCAAGUUCUCUCUGCAGAUACGUUCCCGCCGGCUGUACUACGAGCCGCAACCGAAGUGGCAACCAACGGCGACCACUGGGAAAAUGUCCUGAAUGCUAUACACUCACAAGACCAAAAUAUGUGGUUUCUUCGAAAUCCAAACUCGAAUGAAUAUAAGGCGUAUCGGGAACUGGUGAAUAAGAUGCGGGGUGAAGUUCAAGACAGGAAGCCGGAAGUGAAACCCGAAGACAAAUAUGAACCAGAAUUCUCUUUAGAAGAUGAUGACAGUAAUGAUAAUAGACCAAUCAAAGAUGAAUAUAAAUAUAGCAACCAAGAGAGUUACAAUAAACGUGAGCAGACGAGCUCCCAGAGCGAUGAGGAAUCAGAUGUUAAGAGAGAGAGAAGGAAGAGGAAGAAGUCAAGAUGGGGGGACGACCCACCUGUUGAUAUUAAACCACCUGGUGUUGUAUUACCCACUGGAAUAACCGGUGCAAAGUUAUCAAAAUUAGAAGAAGAAGGAUUAAAGCUGACUACAGUUAAUAAAAAUAACCAAGCAUUAAUGCAGUAUGCUAUGAUUAAUUAUGGAACGACUAAUUUGAAUGCCGAGGAUUGGAAAAAAUGCGAAGACAAUUUUAAACUAAAUCUGCUUUACCAGGACAUGUUGAAGAAACGCCAGGAAGUGGAGCGUUUAGCUGCGGCUGGGAAACACAAGUACGAAUAUGACAGUGAUGAAGAUGUAGCAGACGGAACAUGGGAACAUAAAUUACGUGCCAAGGAAAUGAAUGCAACUGAAAGAUGGGCAACGGAACUAACAAAACAAGCCGCUGGUAAACAUCACAUUGGAGACUUUCUACCUCCGGAGGAACUUAAGAAAUUUAUGGAAAAGUAUUCAGCGUUCAAAAGCGGUAAAGAGCCAGAUUUGAGUGACUACAAAGAGUAUAAACUGAAAGAGGACAAUGUUGGAUUUAAAAUGCUUCAAAAACUCGGUUGGAAUGAAGGUCAGGGACUCGGGGCUGAGGGCACUGGCAUUAUAGAACCUAUUAAUAAAGCGAAUCAACCAGUGGCGAACCUAGGUUUGGGAGCCGCGUCAGCUGAAGGCGCGUGUCCUGAUGACGACGAGUUCGACGCGUACAGGAAGAGAAUGAUGCUGGCGUAUAGAUUCAGACCCAACCCAUUGAACAACCCACGAAGGCCGUACUAUUAAGGAUAUUUUAAAUUUAUAUUAAUUGUCUCUAAAAGUUGUUACAAGUUAAGUACAUUUUAGAACGGUAAAUUUUAUGUCUGUAUAUUUCUAAACUUUAAUUAUUUUAAUAUAAGCCCUUACUAUAAACAUUGUUACAUAAAUGUAUUGUAAUUUUUCUAACAUGUGUUUUAUGUUUAUAUAACUUUAAGACAAAUAAGUUUGUCUUAAAAAAAUUGUACGAGUGAGAUGAAUACAAUUCAGCAAUAAAAUGUUUAUUGAAACCAUCCAAAUUAAUUUAAGUUAAUAUAAAUUAAGUACAAUUUCGUUUGUAUCGAAUAUAAGUUUUUUUAGUGUGCUAGCUUUUAGCUAUUGUUAAUAUUUAAAUAAAAAAAUAUAUAAAACUGA